CUCUCCCUUACUCACGUCCACUUCACACACAACUGCGCAUGGUGAUGGCGACGCCAUAGCCCUGUCUGACCUCCUCCAAGACCCAUCAUCAUCUUGACUCGGCUGCGAAUAUGUCAUCAGCAGAACGCUCCGCCCGCACCGCUCCACGGGUCGGCGGCUCCUCGUCCUCAGCUCGCCAGGCCCUGUCCGCCUACAGAGACAUCGCCGUCAUUGGCAAGGGCUCUUUUGGUCGCAUUCUCAAGGUCCAACGCCAAAACGAUGGGGCCUACUUUGCCCGCAAGGAGCUUGACUACAGCAUCAUGUCGGAACGGGACAAGGCCCAAAUCCUGUCAGAGAUCCGCAUUCUUUCCCUCCUCAACCAUGUGAACAUCGUCCAGUACGUCGAGCGCAUCCACGACGAGCGUGCUGGCAUCUUGCACAUCAUCAUGGAGUUCUGUGAGGGUGGAGAUCUGGGAAGCUUGAUCAAGCGGAACAGGAGGGAGAAGACGACGAUUCCGGAGGAGGUGGUGUGGGCUAAGCUGGCUCAGAUGGUCAGCGCUCUCGAUGCGUGCCACAACGGGAUGCCGGUCAAUCCGAACACGGGGACGGGAAUCACCCCGUCCAUCCUGCAUAGGGACUUGAAGCCGGAGAAUGUUUUCCUCGACUCGGAGCACAACGUCAAGCUUGGCGACUUUGGCCUCUCCAAGCAGCUCGAGGCAAGUACAGCCCUUGCCAGCACCUACGUGGGCACGCCCUACUACAUGAGCCCCGAGCUAGCAACAGGAGCAAGCUACGAUGCCAAAUCCGACAUCUGGGCGCUAGGCUGCAUCACCUACGAGCUGUGCGCCCUUCGUCCUCCGUUCGAUGCCACCUCUCAGGCGGAGCUGACAGCCAAGAUCAAGCUGGGCCAUGUGCCUUCCCUUCCUCGCGGCUACUCACGGCAGCUCGACGAUCUCGUGCGCCAAAUGCUCAACCUUGAUCCUCGGAAGCGACCCAAUACUAAGAAGCUCCUCCAGGACCAUAAAGUGCGCAACGAGCUGCGGAGCUUUGAGCUGCGCGACUUGCAUCAGAUUAUAUUGGAGAAGGAGCAGACAAAGAGCAGGCAGCUCUUUGAGUGGGAGGAGAAUCUGAAGGAGCUAGAGAGGGGCCUCAGGGAGCGCGAGGCGAGACUGAACGUCAAGGAGGCCGAGAUGGAGGCAUGGGCCCAGAGUGAGGUAGACAGGCGCGUGCAAGCAUACAUACAGCAAGCGAGCGCUUUGUCUUCAUACGCCGGCGAGGGUACGGCAGGGUCCGGCAGCAGUCACCGGCCCUUGUACGAGGCUCCCGUUCGAUCAACACCGGCAAGACCUGUACGACCUUCCAUUGGAGCUCGCCGCGUAUCCAACAUGAGCGACGUCAGCAUGGAGGGCGCAUCACGUCGGUCCAUCUCCUUCACCAAGUUGGGAGCCUCCACAGCCAGGCGGGCCAGCACGAGCUUGACCACUGCAAAGGAGCGGACCAGCAAGGAGGACGACGAGUGGUACGAUACCAAUGCAGCCGAGAGUAGUAGUAGCGGUGGAGAGAAUGAUCGGGGCGAGGAGAACAACCGUGGCAGUCGAAGCGCACCGGCCGUCCCGACAACGGCCUCGCUGCGAGCUUCGCGACCCAGCAGUAGCGCCAGGCGAUCGACGCACGCAGCUUCAUCGCGGCCGCCUUCAUCGGCCUCCUCAUCAACACGACAGGCAGCAGCCAGCGCUCCACCUCAAGCAGAAGCAGAGCAGCCUACACCCACGGCUACCUCAUCCGCGGCGCCACUCAGCUCCUCCUUCUCCUCCUCGCCGUCACGACGCCGUCUGACCGAUCGCCCUCUCACUACGCGCAAGUCUACGGGAAAUAUCGGCAGGCAAGCCGGCAUCGCCAGCUCAGCUAUCGCCACGACCAGCACGGCGAGGCUCCGCAACGAGACCGCUCCCUCUGUGGGCAAUGCUGGAGUAGCGACGACCCACAUGACCCCACGCCGCCUCGCUCCCGCUCCACCGGUCCCCUCUGGCAUUCCAGGAAGUGUCGCUCGUCUCCUUGAGCGCGAGCGCGCUGCCGCUGGUGUCGCUGCGAACACGUCCGUGGCUACCGUCGGGUCGGAUGUGUCGAUGAGAGAUGCCACAUUUGGUACGGCUCUCGGGGGAGACAAGGAGAACAAGGAGGAGGGUGCGACGGGCUCCCUGUUGGCCGCUUUGCAGAGGCAGAGGAGGAAGAGCAUCGUUGAGCGUGCGAGGAGGUUGACAAUCGAUCAGCAAAAUGUGCUCCAACAGCAGGAUCAGGACGAUCAGCGAUGCGAGUACGGCGACGAAGGCAAUCAAGCCCUCGGCAAGAAGGGCAGUCAAGCACCCGCUCAGGCCCUCAAGCCAGCAUCGUGGGACGAUGAAUCCCUCGCGCAGCCCACCAGAACUUCCCUCCACGCGGCAGACGAAGCAGCAAAUGCCUCUGCGCUCUACGACCUUUCCCACGAGUCUGAGCUUCCUUCGCCCUUUCUCAAGAAGAAGGCCUCCAACCUGGAGAGCAAGCUGCCUGCUGCUCGCGCGACGCGAGUCAAGGUACCGGCGAGUAGCGCAACAGGCAGCACGGUAGCGAGCACAAAAGCAUCACGUCCCUCGUUUGGGCAGCAGGUUACGGCGAGGGCCGCGGCUCAAAGGGUGGCGGCUGCACAGACUGCUGGGCAGACGGUGUCGGCACGACCCUCUUUGAGCGCUGAUCGAGAGGGUGGUGUCAGCGGUGGGAGGAGGCCCUCAGCCAGCGGUGUAGUGAGGAGCGCCCCGGUCAGUGCGGCCACUUCGACGAGCAGUACAGGGAGCAGCGCAGCGAGGAGGCAACGUCCGUCGGCCGUGACGUCCGCAACGGGUGGAUCCAUGCCAGCUUCUACUGCGGUCCUGCAAAGGAAGCAAAGCUUUGUCGCUGCAGGGAGAAGCUGAUGCGCGGCGUGCUGGCCGCUGCUUUGUCUUGAUACCCUUUAUGACGCUACGAGGCUCUCGGCUUGUAGCAGCUCCUCUUUGUUCUCUUCGAAUUCUACUCUUUGUCAAUUAAAAGCUCGACGCAACGAGACUGCCG